GUAUAGCAAUAUUUAAAAAUGUUUUCUCAUUUGUUUGUAAUCAAAUUUUAACUUGUAUAUUUAUCUUUAGGUGAUCAAGUAAAAGCAAAGUUCAACCACAUGAGAGACAGCUUCCGAAAAAAUUUAGAAAAGAUUCGAAAAUCAACACGUAGUGGAGCAGCAGCAGUUUUUGUGAAGCCCUAUAAAUGGUCGAAACAACUCCAGUUUUUAAUACCUCAUUUACAACCCAGAAAGAGCUAUAGCAACAUCCAAGAGUGUUCCCCUGCAACAGAGAUAUUGUCCAAAAUGUGCAAUCCAGAUGAGGCCAAUGCUCAAAUUGAACUAUAUCCAGAAUCAAAUGAUGAUGACCUAUAUGAUACCACAGAGGAAGUGAUAGAAAACACAGGUAAAAAUGAACAAUGUAAUUAAACUGUUCCCUUGUAA